AAAAUGAUUUUCCUUCUCAGCGUGUAAAAGUAGACAACCUUGGAUCUGUUCCGAAGAAAAUUUCUAUUCGCUCUCGAAACUGCGUAUUUCUCAGCAAUUAAUUGUGACGAUCGAGUUGCUGUACGGUGGGUUUCUGCUUGCGGAGUAAAUUUGCAAUCAUUUGAUCGCCGUAGACGCCCGUCACAGCAAACUAAUUUGUGUCAAUUGAAUUGCGACAUCGCACAAUCAGUGGGCUGCUCUUGUGACGUCGUCAUCCGUAGAAAUAUUCCGCGAACCGGUGUGGGGUGGUGUGGGUGCCUCUCACUGAUUGGGGUGACAAAUCGGUCAUCAUAAGGAAUAUCUGCAGAGAAGAUACAGUGAAUAUCUAGCAAGCAAGAGCACACAAAGUGUCGUCGCGAAUUCGUCAGCUCAAAAACGUUGUGUAAUUAGUCUAUUUGCAUUUUCACGUGAUCAUAUUGUCGUAAAUCAUCGGGUGUGGUUGCGGUGGUAGCAAACAUAUGAUUUGAAUCGGAUAAUGAACCACCUACAAAUAUCCACCGAUCCCACUUUGCUGGGGGCGGAUCUACCGGAGUCUCUAACGACUUCGCCAUCGGUGUCGACGUUCCUCCCGGAAGAGGACGCGUCCACAUGUUUAUUACUGCCAGAGACACCCAGCCCUCCGCUAGAUUUUACGCAUCCGCUGACGCCCAGCAUGGGGAAUGUGGAAAACUGUGAAAAUGUCGCUGGUGAUGAUCCUGCUGCAGAGACAAGCUCGUCUGGUAGUUCUGGCAUUGGGAUAGUGGGAGGUUGCACCAGUGCUGCUGGCAAUUUGUUCAACAAUCACAACGAAUAUCAACAUUUGCGAAAGAAGAGCGACGGAAAAAUACAGGAAAAUGGAAUGCUGAAUGGAACACUCAAUAUUGCUCUCACCAAGGACAUGCCAAACUUCGUACACUGGGACUGGCCGCUGAUUCGGAAAUGUACGUUCUUUGUCUUUCUCGCCGGAAUCAUCGCCAUGGUGGCCAUUGUGGUGACGAUGAUCGCCACGCUACCCAAGUCUUGCAACCCAUCUGUGGCCUGGUACAAAGGAUCCGUUUUCUACGAAGUUUUUCCCGCCAGCUUUCAGGAUACCAACGACGAUGGUUUGGGAGACAUCCGAGGCCUUAUCGGACGGGCUGAUUAUUUCAAAAAUCUUGGUGUGGGAGCCGUCCGGUUGAACUCAAUUUUCCCUUCAGCGCAUUAUCCGGAUCGCUUCGAGGAAGUUACAUCUUUAACGGCAGUCGAUGAGGUGCUGGGAAAGGUGGAAGAUUUGCAGAAGCUUGCAGCCGUGCUGCAUGAACGGAAUAUAUCAUUGAUUUUGGAUUUGCCGAUUUAUCCCUUUGUGAAUCAUCUGAAUCCUCCGAUAUUGGACGUAGACCAUUUGCCAAACCGAACAUCGAGUGAUGUUCCGACGAGUGAGUUUUUACGGCUAGCAAGGUCGGCGAAUCCGGAACAAGAAAAUACUAUAACAAGCGUAUUGAUGUUCUGGUUGGCGAAGGGUGGAGUGGAUGGUUUUUAUAUCAAAGGUUUGGAACACUUUUCCGAAGAUCCUUUGCUGCUGGAGAAUAUUAAAGAAUGGAAGUACACCCUCGGAGGCGACCGAAUUUUAAUGGUUAGCAAAAAUUUCAUUGAUCAUGUUCCGGAAACAAUCGUUCGAGAUGUGCUGAAUCAAGUAGACUUAGUUGAUGUUUUGUUGGAUGUGGCAAAUGGAACGGAAGCGAUCGCUAGCACAGUUCGUGAUGCUAUCGAUGGAACAUUGCUUAAAGGAGCUGAACAUCCAUGGAUUCAUUGGAGUUUGGGUGGAGUCAAUCAAAGACGCUUGUCAUCUGGAAUGAAUUCGAACGUGACACUUGCGGCAACUUUGAUGCAGUUAAUGCUACCAGGAACAUCGAGCAUUUUCUACGGAGAUGAAAUCGCUUUGGAAGAGGCGUAUGAUCCAAACGGAGACCAUAGCGAAACACAACACUUGCAUCAUCUACCUGCGAUGAGUUGGAGUGAAAAUCAAAAUCAAUUUACAGGACGAGGGACGCUGCCAUGGUUGCCCAAAAGUGCAUCAGCAUCCUAUCACCAUUUAGAUAUUGUAUUAAAGUUGAUUGCGCUGAGGAAGAGUUCACCGUCGAUAUAUCUGAACUCGGUUGCCAAAGAAAACCAGAAUCUUCCAAAUGCUGAGGUCAAGUCAAGUAGGAAUGACAUUCUUGUUAUACAACGAUGGUACCCGAGGAGAAAUUCAUUUGCAUCCAUUACCAAUUUCGGCUCGAAAAAUGUUUCCCUGGACUUGACUGCUAUGUUCUACAGUGGAGAAGUUGUGGCUGGAGCAUCUAUGGUGCAGGAACGAGUCUAUUUCCAACAGUUCAACGUUAAAAGUUUGGAGACUGUAGUUGUGAGAUUACACAAAUAGAAGAACAGAACAGCCAUAUAGAGCUUGUUUUAUAUUCAUUUUGGAUUUUAUUUUAUGGAUUUUUUCUUAUAAAGAAGAAAAUUCAAAUAGUGUCUAACCUAAUAGUAGCUUAACAUGCUUACCUGUUCUGUACAUAGUCAACCUUAGCUGUGUUGUGUUGAGUAGAGAGAAUGUUAAUAAAAAAACUAUUAAAAAUA